AUGCCUCGAGGACAGAAGAGUAAGCUCCGUGCCCGUGAGAAACGCCGCCAGGCCCGUAGUGAGAAGGAAGAUCUGGGAGAUGCUCAGGCCACUGCAGCAGCAGAUGCAUCUCACUCUCCUACCUGCCCUGUCUGUGAAGGUGGAUCCCAAAAUUUGUCUGGUUCCGAGAAACCUAGCACCUCUAAGAUGUCUCAGGAAACCCCAUCUACCAGCCGUGCUACUGAAGCUGUUGCAAAUGAAGGUGCCAACAGCCAAGAUGAGACGAGUUCCUCAAGGGCAAGUGAAAAGUUCCGCAAAGAUCCUUUAAACAAGAAUGUGGUUUUGCUGGUGCAGUUCCUGUUGCAGAAGUAUCAAAAGAAAGAGCCAAUUACAAAGGCAGACAUGAUGAAGUUUAUUAUCAAGAAAUACAAGUGUCAGUUCAAUGAGAUCCUCAGGAGAGCCUCUGAGCACAUGGAGCUGGCCUUUGGUGUUGAUUUGAAGGAAGUGGAUCCCGUCAGGCACUGCUAUGCCCUUGUCAACAAACUAGACAUCAGCACUGAUGGAUCAGUGGGUGAAGAAGAGAACAUGCCCAAGACUGGCCUCCUGAUGAUUGUGCUCGGUGUGAUCUUCAUGAAAGGCAACUGUGCCCCAGAAGAGGAUAUCUGGGAAGUGCUGAAUAUGAUGGGUGUAUAUGCUGAUAAGAAGCACUUCAUCUAUGGGGAUCCCAGAAAGGUCAUUGCCGAAGAUUUGGUGCAGCUAAGGUACCUGAAGUCCCAGCAAGUGCCCGAUAGUGAUCCUCCACGCUAUGAAUUCAUGUGGGGUCCAAGAUCCUACGCAGAAACCAGUAAGAUGAAAGUCCUGGAGUUUUUAGCCAAGGUCCAUAAUACGGUCCCAAGUGCCUUCCCAUCCUGGUAUGAAGAGGCUUUGCAAGAUGAGGAAGAGAGAGCCCAGGCCAGAACCGCGGCCAGGGCUCGCAGCGCACGUCUCAGAGUCAUCGCCAGGCUCUCCAGUGCUAAUUGA